UUGUGCUUUGCAUUAGAUCUCUGCGUCCUUCUGGUUUCUAUGGACACCACACUGCACUUCAUCUCAGUGACCAGCAGGGGGAGCUCUGCUCUGAACAACAAAACGCACUGAAAAUGAUUGAUGACAUGGAGUCAUUUACUGCAUACUGGGGCAGAUACCGUCUAAUCCGAGAUAUGUUAAGAAUGCACCAGAUUUAUCACCGGGUAUCGGGCUGUUUGACAGAUGCCAUCAAUGCUUUUCAUGAUGUAAUAUGUGACAUUCAGAUAUGGAAAUAAAGCUUUCUAAAUGGAAUAUGAUUUGGAUUUUCCACGUGGUCAUCAUAAAAUUGUCAGAAGGUUUUGUAUCAUAUAACGGAGAGCUGGUAAUCUCACCGGCCGCUCUUGUGCCUGUAGGAACCAACCUUACAAUAAUCUGCAUCAAUAAACUGAAAACUUGUUCCAGAGAGAUGAAAUUUGUAUUUGAAAUAAAUAGAGAUGAGAGACCCCCUGACUGGCAGAACCGGACGACGUCCAUGAUUCAGUUCGUUCACAUCACAGAGAGUUACCAUGUUAUUUGUAACAUAGACUGUCAUGGACGCCUGCACGUCAUCAACAUGGUGCAGUUACAGGUGGGAUAUCCUCCCGAUCGACCGACAAACGUUGAGUGCCGCUUGGAAGAAUUUUCUACAGAGAUGAAAUGCGGGUGGGAUGAAGUGGCGACUACAAGGUUACCCACCCGCUAUGAAGUGCAUUUGAAGAAUCUCUGGACCGGAGCGGACGCUGCUCUCAGCACCUCUCAGGCCGUUGUGACUUUCCCGGUGAAUAUGACUCAGAAUGAGAUGCAUCAGAUUCAGAUUGCUGCUGUUAACCCAUUAAAUCAAAGUGAAUCGGAGGUUGUGCGGUUCCUCUUGGCUGAUAUAGUGGUUCCCUUCACACCCGUUAUCAAGAAGAUCAAUAUAUCGGAUACAAGCCUCAGGAUAUACAUGCAUUGGAGGAACCAAACGUCAGAAAACCAGCGGUACUGUGAGGUGGAGUAUAGGACCCUGAAGCAGCCGAGUUGGAUAUCGGUUGGGGAGGAAGUGAACACAAACAAUAUUAUUUCAUUGGAAAAGAUCCGUCAUGCAGAUUCCAUACGUAUUCGCUGUAGAGAGGAUUUUGGGAAGAGUUACUGGAGUAACUGGAGUGCCCCUCACCUGGUCCCACCUUCAGCUCCUGAAGAGAUUCCCAAUGUGUGGAGGCUUCUUGGUUCUUCGCUCCCUGAUGGAGUUCGGGAGGUCACCUUCCUCUUUGCGUCAGAUCUGGAUGACUUGCGGAGGAUUAACAUCUCCGGUUAUGAAGUCUACCAUUAUAAUCAUGGGGUACGGACGGUCCUGAAGCGAUGCCCCUCCCCCGUGGCACAGUGUGUCGCCCUCAUACCUAGCGGAGUACAGACGGUCCUCGUUGCUGCUUAUAAUCCCUUUGGAUUCUCCCCGGCCCUUCACCUGCCGCUCCAGGAAGAAGAUGGUUCUGGACCCCAGAAUGUGACAGUGAAAUCAAUGACAGUACAAUGGCAGCACCCCCACACCCCCCCGGAGCCGCUCAGAUGGUACGCUCUUCAGUGGGCAUCUGAUUCCUGUGACGGAAAACACACAAAUAUAUCAACCCAGAAAACUGAGAAGGAGCGGACUACGUAUACGAUAACAGAUAAUGUUGCUCCAGGACAGCGCGUCACUAUUUCUCUAUACGCAGUAUACAGCACUCGAGUCAGCCGACCCACCACCGUCUACGGGUUUUCUCAGGAAUUGAAACCAACGACAGGUCCCAGUUCUAUUAAGAUAGUGAAACCCUUGUUGCGAGCAAGAAUAAUCGAAUGGGACGAGAUUCCUGUGUGUGACCGGCGAGGAUUCCUCACUGUAUAUACGGUGUAUAUAAAGCAAUAUCUGAAUGAAUCAAACUUUGUGUACAAAGUCCCUGCAUCCACAAGACAUUUACUGUUCGAUAGGUUUAAUCCUGAUGAUCAGUAUUCUGUGUGUAUUUCUGCAUCUACCGUGGCUGGAGAAGGGCCGGCCGUUCACUGCACUAACUUUUAUCAAGAUAAUGAUUUUAACAGCUACAUGGGCCUCCUGGUGGGAACGGCCUUCGGAGUUAUCGCUUUGUCUGCAAUCAUUUUGAUUUUAUCAAGAAUAUGGAAAAGGGUGAAGAUAGGGUUACUCCUACUGUUACCCAAAUGUCUACAUGAAGAAUAUCCCCAUGUGGGGAGGAGUCCAGCUGUGAAGUCUCUGCAGGAAAACAUAGAGAGUCCUGAGCCUCCACCUGUCGUCUUGCUCGAUGACCCGGAAAUUGCAGAGAUUGAAGAAAUACCAAAGGAAGAAACCAGUCUCCUAAUCCCGUCAACGAACCCUGCCCAAGAAUCCACCAAUAUGAUGGAGUCGCCUCUAAUCCCAGCCACCGAUAUCGAAGUCCCCUCGGGCUAUAGGCCACAGAUCGCAAAUGUCACUUCCCAUCAGCACAAUUCCUACUUCAGUCCCGCACAGUUGUUGGAUCUACAGAGGUCCAUCUUGGGAUCGGAAAGUCCUGUGGUUCCAACCAAUGAUCCCUUCCUAUUGAACGUUACAAGUGAUAUGUUUAAGGAGAUGAACCUUAUGGUCACAACCGAUGUCGAUCUGGAUGAGGAACCUCUACGACCCCCUACCAACCCCAUGCUGCAGAACCUAUGGGAGAAUCAGACGUUCAUAGAUAGGUUAAUACUAUCAGAGAGUCCUGGGGACCAUGUGAUCUCUACUCCAGGCCUCCAUGAGGAAUUCGAUGACACAAAGUCCUACUUUUCUCAGCUCUUCACUGGAGGAUUAUAGCCGUGUCAUCUCAGAAGGCUUGGUUCUCACCCCAGAUUGGAUCACUUGGUUUGGUCCAUCUCCGACUCAAAGUCCUACUUUUCUCAGAUCUUUACCAGGGUGAUCAUAGCCCUGUCUUCUCUGAAGGCUUGAUUUCCACCCUGGAUUGGAAUUACUUGGUUUGGUCCAAGAUCCUAAAUGGAUUUUUAUUUUGGCUGCUGUAUAUACCGGAAAUUGUAGCACAAGGAGCAUUGUGGAUCCUACUUUGUAAGCACUAGAAAAAAUUGCAUUAUUAAAAUGUUAAAAAAAGAUUUUAA